UUACCAAAAUAUCCAAAGCCCAAUUCCGUCUUUUUGUAGUGACGCGACGCCCAAGACCCCUCUCGGGGUCCAUUUUUGGCGUCAUCGUCGUCUAACUUUCGCAGCUCUCAGUCCGUGAAACCACUCUCUCACUCGCUCGCUCGUCCUUCAAUCUCCAAACCUUUUUCGCCGACACGUUUGGUCGUCUUCACCGAAACUGAAAUGCACCGGAGAACAGAGAACCAAACACGGCGCUGCUGUGGCUCAGAAUGAACUGUCAACGAUGGAGCUCAACGAAUCUCACGCGAAGCCGCCCGAGGAGCCGAGCCGAGCCAUGCCCUUCCACAUCGACCUCAACGAGCCACCUCUCUCCGCCGGAGACCUUUCUCCGGGGCCUCCAAGCCCUGUUAACUCUGCCGGAGCCAGCAGAGGCCGCGCCGCUCUCCUCGACAUCAAUGCGGCGCCACCGAGCGAGGCCGAGGGUGAUGAAUGUGUCCAGUCGAUGAGUUCUGGAAUGCACGUAGUGCGUGAUACUUCUUUUAUUGGAAACCCAUUAAAUGAAUUUGAUCUUCUGAAGACAUAUGGCAGUGUGAGACACAUUGUUAGAUCAGAUUUUAAAGAUUCAGUGCGGCAGAGACUGAAUUUUGCUGGAAAUUUUACUGAAACAGAUCUAGUCUCCAAACUAAAAGGAAGGCUUUGGGCUAGCAAUGCUAUACCCCAUAAGAUACCAUUCCAGAACCCAAGCGAGGUAUAUAUGCAAGAACUGAGAGAAUUUAUUGCUGAAAAUCAUGGCAUACUGGGAGAGGGUUGGUAUGUGGAAUUUAACUAUUGUCAAAAUGGAAGCAAAAUCUUUCCAGUUUACUGUGCCCCGGAUGGAAAAAAGUUCUGUUCAAUGUUUGAUGUUGCCUGUCAUCUUGGGUUGGUGGUAGACUGCCAUUCCAUAGAAUCUGAUGGCUUUGUGAGGAAAAGAUUACAUUUAUGUAGGAGAAGAGAGUCUGUAUAUUCUAGAGCGAACAAUUCCAGAAAAUGUCAAGAAAAUUUGGGAAGUUCUUGUAGAGAGUUCUCAUUAGGCAUUGGGACUGACAUUACUCAGGCCUGCAAGUUGAAGGGUAAUGGGAGAACAACAAAAGCUACGCCAGAGGAUAAUGGAGGCUAUAGUGUUGAGCAACUUCAGGGUGAGUUUCCAAUUCAGUUUGAAGACUUCUGUAUUCUUUCCAUGGGGAAGGUUGAUCCACGACCCACGUAUCACAAUACUAGCCAGAUCUGGCCAAUAGGCUAUAGAUCCAGUUGGCAUGAUAGGAUUACCGGGUCUCUUUUUGUAUGUGAUGUAUUGGAUGGUGGUGAAUCUGGUCCAGUUUUCAAGGUUCAAAGAUUUUCAUGCUCCAUGCAGCCUAUCCCUAUUGGAUCAACAGUUAUCUACAGGCGAAGCUUUGACUCAUAUAAUGCUAGAAGUGAUGAUUCAACCACUUUUGGUUUAAUUGAUGAUGAGGAUACAGAUAUUCAGAUGAUAUUUUUGGACCAUUGUCCUCCACAACUAGAUCACAAUAUGUUAUCAGAAUCUGGGAAAAAUUCAAAUGAAGUUUGCAAUUUUCAGACUAUGAAUAAUUUGCAAUCUGAGUCAAAUUGCCUUACACAAAGUCCUAUGAAAUGUAUAGCCGACAACACUGAGGUGAUAGAUAAUAUUGGUGAAUUCUUAGUAGAAGGGAGAUCAUCAAUUUCAGUAUGGAGAAGGAUAUCUCAAAUUCUAACAGAUGCUUGCCGCAACGUAUACAAGCAGACUGGUUUGUGUAAGUUUCAGUGCAAGGAUGCCUUCCAUGGAAUGUGGUCAUCAUGCUUGCUCUCUGAUAGCAUAGAAGCUUCUGAUUCAUUAGCCAAGUUCUGUCAUCUCUCUGGCCCUCAGAACAUCCGACGUUGUAUUCGAAGUGAUAAUGAGCUUAUUACUACUUGCGAAGCACUGGUGAAGUGGUUGGACCAAGACAGAUUUGGACUAGAUACCGAAUUUGUACAAGAAAUUGUAGAAAAGCUUCCUGGGGUAGAUGCCUGUUCAGAAUAUAAGUCCCUGAAUGAAAGAGGUGACGUUUCAAAAUCACACACUGUUGGAAGUGGAUUUCUUCUGGUCAAAAGGAAGAUUGGCAUACAGGGUGAGAAAAAAGCAGAUUGUUUUCUCAAAGGUUGUAAAAGUUCUUGGAAGCAGCGAGUUGAAAAAUCUGUCAUGAAAGAUUGCUGUCCUCCUGGCAAGCCAGUAAGCUUAAAGCUUCCUGCAGAUUCAAUUGGUGAUGUUCUUCAGUCUUGGGAGUUCCUAUGCCGUUUUUCUGAAGUUUUGGAGCUGGAGGAACCUUUAUCAUUUAGCGAACUUGAAGGGGAACUUGUAAAUGGCUAUUCCUUUGUUAGUAGGAGAGCUUUGACAAAGGUCCACUGCUCACUGCUAAAAGUGCUACUAGGUGAACUGCAGUCCAAGGUUGCAUCAUUUGUAGAUCCUAAUUCUAAUGUUGCAGAAUCUAAGUUUAAACGAGGAAGAAAGAAAGAUGCAGAAAACUUGAUUUCUGUUAAGAAAACCAUACUUGACAUGCUCCCAAUUAAUGAGCUUACAUGGCUGGAACUAGCUCGGAGGUACAUUUUAACUGUUUUAUUCAUGGAUGGUAACCUUGAGUCUUCAGGGAUCAUUGGCCAUGGGAGUUGCAAAGUGUUGCAGUGUUUGCGAGGUGAUGGUGGGUUACUCAGUGGUUCAAUUGCGGGUGUGGCUGGAAGAGAACCAGAUGCACUGCUGCUUGCAGAGGCUAAAAAACAAAUCUUUGGUUCAGUAGAGAAUGUGGAUGAUGGUUUAAGUAUUGAACACAACAAAUCUGAUGCAAGUGGUGGUUGCAAAACACCUAAGGUGAAUAAUGGUGAAAUUCUUGAGUGGGCACAAGCGCUGGAACCAGUUAGAAAGCUACCCACUAAUGUUGGAGCUAGAAUUAGAAGGUGUGUUUAUAAUGCUUUGGAGAAAAACCCACCAGAAUGGGCAAAGAAGGUACUGGAGCAUUCAAUAUGUAAGGAAGUCUACAAGGGAAAUGCUUCGGGGCCUACCAAGAGAGCUGUACUCUCGUUACUUGCUGAAGUGUAUGGUGAAAACCUGCAGCAGAAACCUAAUAGAAAGAGGAAAAACAAAUGUAUUAACACUUCAUCUGAUGAGAUUAUGAAACAAUGCCGGAAGGUGCUUCGCCUUGCUGCCGCUGCAGAUAAAAAAAAGGUUUUUUCUAGUUUGCUACUAGGAUCACUUGAUACUUCUGAUAACAAUGAUGGGGGGCUUCUUCAAUCUCCUUCAAUGUUAUCACGUCCUUUAGACUUCAGAACUAUUGAUAUGAAACUGACUUCUGGGGUGUAUGGUGGAUCACAUGAUGCCUUCCUUGCAGACGUUCGAGAGGUUUGGCAUAACAUUCGAACUGCUUGUGGCAAUCAGGCACAUUUGAUCCAUUUGGCUGAAACAUUAUCCAAAAAAUUUGAAGUACUUCAUGAAAAAGAGGUUCUCAAUUUUGUCCAGAAAUUUAUGGAUAAUGAAACUGGAGGAUGCUCAAGUGCUGAAGCAAAAAACGAGAUGGGACAUAUUAAUGAAUGUGUGAGAGAGAUUCCCAAGGCUCCUGGGGAUGAGGGCAUCUGUAAAUUAUGUGGUGUGGAUAAGGAUGUUGAGAAUGUUUUGGUGUGUGAUAUUUGUGAUUCGGGGUAUCAUACCUAUUGCUUAAAUCCACCACUUGCCAAAAUUCCCGAAGAAAACUGGUAUUGUCCAUCCUGUGUUUCUGGUCAUUGUAUCACUCAAGGAUCUUCCCAACGUACUGAGGUCAUUAGCCGAUGCCAGAAAAAGAGAUGUCAAACAGAGUUCAAUAACAGAAUUCUGGGAGCUCUGGCCCAUUUAGCAGCCACGAUGGAGAUGAAGGAGUACUGGGAAUACACCAUAGAGGAGAGGAUUAUUCUUCUAAAGUUCUUAUGUGAUGAGGUGCUGAACUCUGCUAAAAUUCGGGAACACCUAGAACAAUGUACGUCUAUGUCUGCUCAUUUGCAGCAGAGACUGCAUUCAUUAUCUUCAGAGUGGAGAAACCUAAUGUUCAGAGAAGAUGUCCUAGCAGCCAAGGUGGGGAAAGAGAACACAGGUAUGCUCAAUGGCUUUGGAAAGUCUGUAACAGAAGAAGUUGCUGUAGUGCGCACAAAUUGUGGUAAAUUGAUGGGGCAACUGCUUAGUAGAAGCAGCUGUAUAUCGCCCUUCUCCACAAAUGUAAUUCCUAUGGAGGAUGGUUUGGCAUGGCCCAUACCAAACAAGUCCAGUAAACAAUCAUGUUGGUUUUAUUCCAAUGGCAGUUCUGAGAAACAUUCUACCAAUAUUGGAAAUCAAAUUGUCAAGGCAGUUGACGUGGAGUGUGAAAAAACUCUGGAAUCUUUUGGUAAGAAUGGUCUUAUAUCUGAGAAUCCAUUAUCUUGUAAGCUCCCUUCCGGUGCAAGAGAUUUAUACAGUAGGCAAAACAUGAUGCCCCUGUAUGUUCAUCAACAAGUGAAAGAUAAGUCUAGGGCAGAGAAUGUGAGGCGGGGUAAGUUUGAAGGAUGGCAGGACUUAGAACACGGCAGUAUUGAUGUUGCAAUGCUGCCUUAUUGUGAACAUCUGAAAGGGCAUAUUUCAUCAGAUACUAUUAAAACCUGUGUAGGUGAGCAUGUACAUGCUGUGCGAAUGAACUCUGGGAAUAUGUUCCCUGGCUAUCAUGGCAUGAUUCGACCUGCUGUGAAUGAGUCACAACCCAACAACCUCGAGGCAAGCUUCCUGGAGAAUGAGAUUGCUGUUUUGCAAGAUUCAAUUGCCUCUCUAGAAUCACAAUUACAGAGGGUAUCUUUGCGGAAGGAUUUUCUUGGCAGGGACUCUGCUGGCCGGCUCUACUGGGGCUUUUCCUGGCCAGGUACAUCUCCAUGGGUGGUUGUCGAUGGCACUAUGUUAGUGCAGCAAAAGAAAAUAGAAGAGCAGGGCACUUCAUUGCCUGACAGUUCCACUUUAAGGUAUCCUUCAUUUGGGACUGGGACUAUUUUGAGUUCUGAAAGAGUUAAUAUUUCCAGCCCAUAUGUGUGUGAGCACAAUGAUGGCACUUCUUUUUCUUUUUCAUGGGUUUCGUUUCAAUCUGAUGCUGAAAUCGAAGAACUUAUUGGAUGGUUGAGAGAUUCUUACCCACAAGAGAGAGAACUGUUAAGUGCUAUUUUGCACUGGCGAAAAAUUGGAUCUAAGGUUACCACUCCUGCAAUAAAUUGUGUUCAGGACAAGGGUCAACAAAUUAUGUUGAGGUCCAUCGACAGUGUUGAUUCUAAUUGUCUUGUGAUUAGGGCCUUGAUUAUACUGGAGAAAAAGUUUGGUACUUGCUUGAAAUCAGAAUCUGCCAUUCCUAUGAAGAGGGGUUGGAAGGCAGAAGUAAGUUUUACAGAGAGAAUGUACCGAUGUGACUGCCUAGAACUCAUAUGGCCUUCUAGAUGCCAUUGCUACUCGUGCCACCACUCAUUCUCAACUAGUGAGGAACUUAAAGGGCAUGAAAAUGGAAUGUGCUAUUCAAGUGUGCCCACCUCUGUGAACAACAAGGUGAAUGAUAAUGCCUUGAAGCGGAACGGAAUGAUGAGGACUGAAACCUCACAGGGUGAGUGCUCUAAUGAAAUAGGUACCAGUAGAGUAGCCAUGUGUGAGAUUGAAUUUGGGUUGAAUGAAUUUCCAAAGGAGCUAGCUUGCCCAUUUGACAUUGAGGAAAUAAGUACCAAGUUUAUCACUCAAGACUCUACUAAGGAAUUGGUCCAGGGAAUAGGACUUAUUGGUUCAAAUGGCACUCCAUCAUUUAUACCUAGCAUGUCUCCUUACCUUGAAGACCCAACCUUAAAGUUAGAGCCUUCUUCGAAUAAUGAGGGUAAGCGAAGUGGUGGUUCCAAGAAUGUAGAAAAUCAGCUGCAACAGUCAGUAGAAAAGAAAAUGAAAAACGGUGUGAGACAAGGUAAAUUUUCCAUCAACUCAACUAGAAGAUUUCCUAGGAAUGGUAUUUAUGUAGGACUAAACCUCGAUGGAUCUAUGAAUGAAAGAGAUCAGUCUUCUUUCUUGAAACGUAAAACUUCAGGUCUGAGGGCUGGCAACUGCUCCAUAAUUUGUGAAUCUUCAUUGAGACACAUAAUGGGCAGGGAAGUUUAUCUUCUUAGGCAGCUCAAAAUGAACUUGCUCGAUAUGGAUGCUGCCCUCCCUCAGGAAGCCCUGAAACCAUUAAGGGCUGGCUUGGACAAAAGAUGUGCCUGGCGUGGAUUUGUUAAGUCUGCCAAGUCAAUAUUGGAGAUGAUUCAAGCAACAAUUGUACUCGAGGACAUGAUUAAAACCGAUUACUUGAGGAAUGGAUGGCAAUAUUGGUCACCACUUUGUGCUGCAGCUAGGAUUGCUACCAUCUCGUCCCUUGCUCUUCGCAUAUGCACCUUAGAUGCUGCCCUUGUCUAUGAGAAGCCUCUGCCCAGUAUCAGUUCUACUGAAAUCAAAAAGCUAGGCAGCAAAUCAGAUACAUAUUCUUUGACUUGUUCAGAUCCAAUAAAUACUCCAAAGACAAAUUGCAAGCUGGUACAGAAGACUUGUAGUUUAGAUCUAACAGAAAAUGGCAACCGAAGUAGCAAACCAAGCAAGAGAAGGAAAGAUUCAGGGGGAUGAGUACGGAAAGGUUGCUUCUUCAUCGUUUUUGAAGAAUUUAACUUACCAAAGUCAAUCUUGGUGGCAUGUAAAGCAGAAGCAUGCCUUACCAUUUAGUGGUAAAAUCAAUUUUUAACCUGUGUCAUAACUGGUUAAUUAGGUUUGGGACAGAGACAAGACAGAUGGUGGACAUUGUUGCUUAACUUGCUUUGCUACCCUGCUGGGUAGUUAUAUAGCUAGUUGACACACUGACUUGGAUCAAAGAGUGGACGUCAUUGAGUCUUUGUGGGGGCGAUGAUACAUGCCGACUGUUGUGAACUGAGCUGGUACAAUUGCCGUUUUAAUUGGCUUCUUACAGCUUGAGAUGUUUGUUUGAUUGGAAAUGAAACAAAAGAUAAGACGAAGGAAAAAAAAAAAAGAUGAUAAUUUGGAGUCAUCUGCUGAUGUGCAAUAUCCACAUUUACUUGGAAAACAAUGUAUGUAAGAAAUUAAUGUAUGUAGAAGUUUUAAGUUC